AUGGUGGAUAAUUUGGAUAUUUUACCGAAUUGGAAAUUGAUUGGUGAGUUCAGAAAAUUUGAAUAUUUCGAUUAGAAGAAACCGGAACUUCUGAAUAAUUUUCAGAUAAAAGCAUAACUUUACUUUCAAGAAAUUAGGAAAAAAAUCUUCUAAUUUUUCAAGUUUUCAAAAAAUAAUUGAGAUAAUUUGAUACUUCUAGAAAUUGUUCCCCAAAAUUUAUCAAAAUUCAACAUGAAAUUUUUGAAUCCAAAAUUGAAUUACAGUAAUUCUAGGGACUACUGUAGCUCAUAUUUUUAGAAACAAUUUCUGAACAGUUUCAAUUCGAGAUUUUUUCCAAACUGCUGAAAAUCUGAAUAGGAAAUUUCGGAUUUUUUUUUGAAAUUUUGAAAAUCUGAAAAAACCCCUGCUGGAAUUCUAAAUUCCCAGAAAUCUUGAAAUGAAUUAGCUUGAUUUUCAGAAAAUUCAGAAUCAACAGUUUGGAAAAACAUAGAAAUCAAACAAUUUUUUUAGUUGGUAAACCAAAAAUAGAUUCAAUUAAAAGUUUUUUUUAAAUUUCUACACGGAACUUCUUUUUUCCUGAAACAUUUUCCCCAUUUUACAGAUGAAAUCUCAAUUCCUUUGCUUGAAACUGGUGUUGGAACGUUGCCAAUUCUUCAAGCAGCUCUUCCCUCGGUUUUAGCAAUCGAUUUACAAGAUGAAAAAAUAUCUGAAAGAUAUCGAAAAAUUAUUCGAAUUUCACAGCUACAAAUUCAACAUUUAUUGGUUGGUUUGUUCCCGAAACUUCUCAAAAUAAAUAUAUUUUUUUUUAGAAAUCCCAACAAGAACUUCUGAAACAUUUGGAAAAACUUGAAAAUGAAAUUGAGGAAUCGAAAAAAGUUGCGAAAAUCGAUCAAUUUGGAAAAUUCAAGUGUGCAGAUUGUGGCAAAAUUUUUGUGAACAAAAAAUUUUUUGACAUCGCAUUUUGAGAGAAGACAUCCAAAUCGAGAUUAACUCUUUUGUUUUGCAAAAAAAAAUUGAUUAAUUAAUUAAUUAAUAAAAAUAUGUGUUAUUUGGGUCAUUUUCCUUUCUUUUUGAAUAUUUUUCUCUUUUUAUUGUUUUCGAUGCGAUUUCGAAUAAAAUAUAUUUUGUCAAUUUUAUUUUUAUUUUUCACUUUUUCCGUAUUUUAUUUUAUUCUUUCCUAUAACUUCUUUAUUCCUACUGAAGCAAAAAAUAAAGUUAUUAGAAAUCGACAAAGUUUUAAGCCUAAGGAGAAUUCAAUUAUUUCAAAAUCUGUAUUUAUUGGAGCUAAUUUGGACAAUUUGACAGUUUUUUCAGCCUACAGUAAUCCAGAUAAGAUUACUGUAAUUUUGGCGAGUCGUGGAUAUUUGAAGUGAGUUAUUUUCUAUAAUUCUGAAGAUAGAGCUACAGUAAUCCAAACUGCAAGAAUUGGAUUCAAAAGAUCUAAUCUAAACUCAAAGAGCUGCAAAACCUGUAGGCUGAAAAUUCCGUUCAAGUACAGUACCCGAACUGCAACAGUUUGAAUUAAAUAAAAGUACGGUAGCCAAACUGCAAAUUCAGAAAAUUUCUGGAACUACAGUAAUCUGAACUACAAAAGUUAAUGUCAGAAAACAACUAGAUACAGUAUUCAAACUACAAAAUUUUCAGAAAUAGAAUUCUCAUAUUUAUCCAAAAAAAAAAACUCCACGUCAUCAUUUUUCAGCCGAAGAGUUUACUGUCGACUUUUCAACAAAGAAAAAAUCGAAAUUUAUCAAGAAACUUCUGUGGUUUUUCCUGAAUUCACUGUAAAUUGUAAUCCUGAUUUUCACGGUCAAGCUAAGUUUGUUGGAAUUUCAAUCAACUCCAAGGACCCGAUUAAAAAACUCACCAAAUUGAUAGAAUAUUCUGGUAAAUUUCCAAGUUCCCGCAGAAAAAUCAAAACUAAUGUAUAUUUUUUUAAAGAUCCGAAACCAAUUUUUGAUUUCACAAUAUGUCUUGCUCCAAUAUUUGGCUCAUCUCCAAAAAUAUUCCUUCUGGCAGAAUUUCUCGAAUUCUACAAAGUUCAAAAAGCCGAUCAUUUCAUUGUUUAUUUAUUCGAAUUUUCGGAAAACGUUGAGAAUUUUCUAAAAACAUAUGAAAAAGAAAAUGUGGAAAUUGUUAAAAUAAGUUCAAAUUCUUCGAAAUGUGUGAAUCGACAUCGAUGUCGACAUGAAAUGCAAUUACAAGAUUGUAUUUAUCGAUCGAGAAAAAUUAGUCGAUUUGUUGGAACUGUGGAUUUGGAUGAGAGGAUUUGGGCGACGAAACAGGAUCGAAAUAUUUUUGAUUUUUUAGAGUAAGAUAUUUUAUGGGAAGUUUAAAUUUAUUUAGAAUUACGAUUUAUGACAACGUCCAUGUUCUCAAAAAAAAUUUUAGAAAAAAAACAUUGUCAGAAUUUCUCUCCUCAACCUAACCUAGAAUUUUUCCUAGAUCAUCCCAAAGUGUCGCUGAAUACCGAUUUCAAUGUCAAUGGACUUUGAGAUAUUCCGAAAUUCCUUACGAUCCAAAAAAUAAUCAAAAUCACAAUUUGCAUGAAAUUCUACCGAUUCUAAAAUGGCACAAUACAAGCCACGUUGCUCCACAAAAUCACACUUCAAAAAGUAUAGUUCGACCGGAAUUUGUAGAUUCUAUGGGUGUACAUGGAGUUCAAAAAUAUUCCCUCAAAAUCGAAAAUCCUUUGAUGCUUGUUGAUCCCGAUGAAUUUGUGGUCAGGUAGGAUAUUAAUUCUGAAAUUCAAAAAAAAAUAUAUAUUUCAGACAUUAUCGACUUGUUGAUGGUUGGAAUUAUUUUCUGAACGAAACUGAGAGUUUUGGUAACUUCACAAUUUUCUACCCGAAUCCAACUUUCAUCAAAACUUUAAUUGAACGUGUAAAAUAUGCUUUGAACCGGUUUUUCGCUUAUCAGAAGUGAGCUCGAAAAUAAAAAAAAAUAUCCCUCUUUUUUGAAAGCGCCAAAAACAGAAAUUCGAAAAAAUAUCGACGUGAAAAAAAGGGUGACCUAGAUUUUUUGAGAAUCAAAUCAGUCCAGUUCGCACAAAAAUCUCGGCAUUUUUCGAUUCAUUGAUUUUGCGAAAACUCUAUACGAAAUUAAAAUGUCGACUUCUGAGCAAAAGGUGAGAAUUACAGUAAGCGUUGCGGUGUUUGUAGAUGAUCUAGAUGGUUUUGAAGAUGUACAAAUAUAUUUCAGGCCACAGAUAAAUGUGUUCAACUUAGAAAAAAGUCAGCAAAAGAAUUGGAAGAAAUGGCAACUGCUCGUUCGAAAGGUGGAACAAUGUCGGCUGAAUCUGUCGACGAACCGGUUGCAUUGGUAUCGUGUCCCAGUGAAACAUCCAUGCAAAAGCUGAACAACGAUUUGAAGAAAGUUAAGAUUGUCAAAGACUUUAACAGUGCUGAAACACACUUAGAGAAUCCGGACAAAAAAGGAGAGAAAUAG